UUGCUUUCUCUCCUCUCUUUUUCUGAAGUCGUCAACGCAGAUUAACCCAGGGAAGGUCCGGCCGUUGGCCGUCGACCCUCUCCCUACCUCAGUUAGCUUUUCCUUUAGUUUUAUUAAUUUUCCCUCUUGCUUUCCUAGUUUCCUUAGUCUCCAGUUUGGAGUUAUUGGUAACCAUCUUGGAUGGGGUUUUGGUUGUGUCUCUUUUGCUGAUCUGCAUACCGGGUAUCUGAGUAAUGCAGUCGGUUGAGGGGCUUUUUGGUGUAAAUUAAGGUUGGUUUCCAGGGGCUAUCCCUGCUGACGGGUUGGCAUCUCAAGGAUAGAUCUAGUGCCAUUCGAGUGCUGAUCUUUGACCCUAAGGGCUAUAUGAGAUUGAAAGGCCUGAGCACUGCCAAGCCUCUCCUGGUUCGUCGGCAUUCAUGGUCCUAGUUCAUCGGAUGAUAGAUCUUACUUACAUGCACCGCUACCUCACCAGUCGAUAGAUCCGAUUGAAUCUAGCUCAUCUUCUGAUAAGGAGAAUCGAAGUCAUGCACCUGCACAUCUAUCUCACCACUCACCGUUUCUAGAUCCGAUUGAAUCUAGCUUAUCUUCUGAUGAGGAGAAUCAAAUUCAUUCACCUGCACAGUCCUUGGUUAUAGAUCCAAUUGAUGAGGAGGAGAAUCAAAGUCAUGCACCAGCCUCUGAGAAUGCUGAAAUACAGAAGAUGAAGGAAUAUGGUUUUAAAGAACUGGCAGAGGCAACUGAUUAUUUCUCCAACAACUGCCUACUUGGUGAGGGUGGUUUUGGUCAAGUCUUUAAGGCAAUCUUAGAUGGUGAAGUGGUUGCUAUCAAGAAACUUAAAAAAAUAAAGUUGGAAGAUAAAUUGGAGGAGGGUGAGUACCUUAGCUGUGUGAAUCACCCAAAUAUUGUUAAGAUGAUUGGGCACUGCAGUCAGGGAGCCGAUAGAUUACUUGUUUUAGAGUUUGUUCCCAAUAAUACCUUGACAGAUCACUUACAUGAAAAAGAUGAGAUUUUGGAAUGGCCGAAAAGAAUGAGAAUCGCCAUACACUCUGCAAAAGGGUUAUUAUAUCUACAUCAAGGUUGUAGACCUAAAAUUAUUCAUCGAGAUAUUAAAGCAGAUAAUAUUCUUCUUGAUAAUUACUUUGAACCAAAGGUUGCAGAUUUUUCGCUUGCGAAUUUUCUGCCAAAUACUGGUAAUGUUAAUCACAUCACCAGUAUAUUGAGGGGAACAAAUGUUUAUGCAGAUCCAGAAUAUGGUGAUAUUCAAAGAGUGUCUGAGAAAUCGGAUGUAUAUUCUUUUGGUGUUGUACUUUUAGAAUUAAUUACUGGAAGAAAACCUUUAGAUAAUGGAGGGGACACUAUUAUUAAUUGGGCUAAGGAUCGGAUUGGACAAGCAUUGGAAAAUAAUGAAUAUACUGAUCUUGUUGAUUCCAGAUUACGAGAGUACAAUGAGGAGGAAAUGAUAAGAAUGAUUUGUUGUGCUGCAGCUUCAGUGUAUAAACCUUCUCGCUCUCGACCAAUAAUGAAACAGAUAAUUAGAGUUCUUGAAGGAACUAUACCUCAUGUGAAGAUAAUGAAUUGGAAAGACAUCGAAACUCUUCGAGGAAGGCCUACUACUAAUCUAGAAUCUGUACUUAGCGUUGAGAGUAUACAAAUUACUCCGUUAAAAGUAUUUACUUAUAAAGAAUUAGCAAAAACAACUGGUGGCUUUUCCAAUGUCAAUCUCCUUGGCGAAGGUGGUUUUGGUCAAGUUUUUAAGGGAACGCUUCCAAAUGGUAUUGUUGUUGCAAUUAAGAAGCUUAAAUUUACGUUUGGACAAGGGGAAAAAGAAUUAAUGGCAGUGAUUGGGGUGCUUGACCGCAUCCAUCACCGACAUCUAGUGAAGCUGAUUGGAUACUGCAAUGAGAAAGCCAAUAGAUUGCUUAUUUAUGAGUUUAUUCCCAACAAUUCCUUGCGAUAUUAUUUACAUGAACAGGACAACAGAGUGGUUAUCAAUUGGCCAACCAGAAUGAAAAUUGCCGUAGGUUCUGCAAAAGGAUUGGCAUAUUUGCAUGAAAUCUGUAAUCCAAAGAUCAUACACAGGAAUAUCACUGCAGGCAAUAUCCUUCUUGAUCAAAACUUUGAACCAAAGAAUUCAGAUUUUGGACUUGCCAAGGAAUUUGCAAAUUCUGUUAUCCAUACGUCUUCUUUAGUAAAGGGAAAGGGAAACUUUGGUUAUCUUUGCCCUGAAUAUUUCAGAACCCAACAGAUCAGUGAUAAGACUGAUGUAUAUUCCUUUGGUGUGGUGCUUUUAGAGUUAAUCACUGGUAAAAGGCCUAUUUCAAGGGAAGGCAAUUUUCAAGCCUUGACUUCUUGGGUAGCAGUUCAACUCAAAGAAGCGUUGGACACAGACAAUUAUGAUAAUAUUGUUGAUGUUAAAUUGAAGAAUAAUUAUAGAAAAAUAGAAAUGAUUCGAAUGAUUCAUUGUGCCGCGGCUUGUGUAUAUAAACAUGCAAAAUACCGACCAAAAAUGAGUCAGAUUGCUGAAGUCUUACAAGGAAAUUUAGCAUUGGAAAGUAUAUGGCUAAGCAUUGACAACACUUUCCUUAAAGAUGAGUAUGAACUAUAUUAGCCAUAGGAAUCAUAGAUUUAGAAAUAUACCCAAUACAAGGAUACACAAGGUCUGGACCAAGAGAAGCCUCAGCUGCAAUUAAUUUAUACAUCUCUCUACUCCAUUCCCUUUUCAUGCAUUGAUCUAGUCAUCCCUCCUUUGGUUCAAAUUGCCCUUUAUAGCCUCCUUUGAUUCAAAUUGGUUUUUAUAGGUAAUGGUUUGUGAUUUUGUAGAUCUGAGUUAUGCUUAGAACUCUCUUUCCCUCCGAUUUGUGUUUUUUUUUUUUUUUUUUUUCAAAUGAAUUUUGAGUCUAUUCUUGUGGCUCAACCUAUGUGGCUUGAUUAUGGUUAUGGUUUGAUUUUCUGUUUACAA